CCGAAAGCGGUCUAGCGGGCUUCUUGUCGCCAUUCGCAUGCUUCACACCCACCGCAGUGAAUUCAAAGCCGUACAUCUAGGUCAUUGCCCGUGCCGAGGAUAUCUGUUGUCUUACCUUUUGAAUAUCUGCAAACAAGGAAACAUAUACGUCAUCAACAAAACAAGUCUACAAGAUGCCAGGCUUCGAACCCAAGGUCAAGGUCGAUCUCGAUCCCCCGAAAGAUGACAUUAUCAGUCUGGAUUACCUAGCCAAGUGCAACGGCAAGACUGAAGGAUAUCCCACAUAUGUCGCGAUCAAGGGAACCGUAUUUGAUGUCAGCGGCAAAGAUGCAUAUGCUCCGGGAGGAUCUUACGCAGUCUUCGCAGGCAAGGAUGCCUCUCGAGCACUCGCCCAGUCUUCCCUGAAGGAGGAAGAAGCCCGACCGGACUGGUAUGACCUCUCGGACGAGCACAAGAAGGUCUUGAACGAUUGGUUCACGUUCUUCAGCAAGCGCUACAACAUCAAGGGCAAGGUCGAGGGUGCACAGAACACUGGAGAAUGAGUGCUUAUGAUACUGCUUCGUCCUUCACAUGAUAAACAUGAAAUGAAUUAAAAGAAUCAGGUUUCCAGCACUGAUCGGGCUUGUGACUUCUACAGUGAUGCCCGCAUUUUCUGCUCGAGGGCACUUUAAAUCAUGAACUACAGAUCAAACAAGUUGCGUGCUCCGCAUUCAAUAGCGCAUGCCGACGC